GCACACAAAUCGCUUGGUCAGCCUUGAGGAGGGCACCUUUGCGCAUCUGAACAAUCUAGUCAACAUUUCCCUGAGGCACAAUCAAAUCCAAUCCCUGCCAAGGGGGAUUUUUCACAACCUGCCCAGAUUGAGAUGAAAAAAAAUGACCAGGGCAUUUGGAAUUUCUGUAUUUCUGCUCCUCCAACUCUGCUACCAUGUUGAUUGUUGUCCAAAAGGCUGUCAGUGCUUCACUCCAUCAAAAGUCUUCUGCUCAGAAGAUGUUCUCAAGGACAUGCCUCAAAACUUAUCCUCUGAGGUCCAGGAGUUGGUAAUCAUGACGACAAGCAUUAAAAGCAUCCACCUAGAAUCCUUCCCACUAAACUCCAGCCUCACGAAGUUGAUGCUCCUUAACAAUCUCCUCAAUGGUGUCUCUGAGAUGGCCUUCAACCGAUUGCUGGAGCUGAAAGAAUUGGAAAUCAGCGGCAACCAUAACUUCAAGGUCCUUGGCACAGGAACAUUCAAAAGGGUGGGCAAUCUUACCAAGCUGCUACUCAACUACAACCAGCUCAAGACCCUGGAUGACAGCAUAUUUGCUUCACUACAGAAGCUGGAAAUCUUGCAACUAAAGGGCAAUGCCAUCGAUCACCUCCCUAGGCUGUUAUUCCGCCACCUCCGCUGGCUCCGUUCCUUAGACUUUUCCGAAAACAAGAUUUUAACACUGGAUAAAGAUAUUUUUAAUAGCCUCCUUAUGCUAGAGACACUCAGAAUGAACCACAACCUCAUAAGUGUUCUCCACCCAGACACAUUCAUCAACAUGCCUCAUCUAAGAGAACUUGGACUGCAGGGGAACAGAAUUGAAGAUCUUCAUCUGAACCUCCUAUCAGGGCUGGAACAUCUAAACAAGCUGCAUCUCCGGGGGAAUCUUAUUACCAAAAUAGCGCCGGGGACAUUCCCACCAAACCUGAAAGAGCUGAAUCUAGAGGACAACCGGCUUGUCGAACUCUCCACUGGAGUUUUCCAACACAUGUCAUUCCUCACUGACUUGGUUCUGGCCAAAAAUCGGCUCUCCACUAUUCCAGAAGAUGUGUUUAGAAACCUAACAAGCUUGCAGCACCUCAGCCUGUCUGCGAAUCAUCUCCUAGCUCUGCCAGCAGCGGCUUUCACUGGACUCUCUAAUCUGAUAAGCAUUCACCUAGACAAAAACAACAUUAGCAGUGUGGAGGCAGAUCUGUUUGAUGAUCAGGAAAUAAUGGAGAAGCUCUACCUCUCUGACAACGACCUGCAGGGCCUCCCUGAGGGAUUGUUCAUACCCUUAAUUUCCCUUCGCACAGUACGCUUGCAAGGCAACCCCUGGAAAUGCGACUGCCACAUGCGCGAUUUCCACGAUUGGCUGACUGAUGCCAAUUUGCUGAUGUCGGACGUGGAGAAGAUUUACUGCGCGAAGCCGAAGCCUUUGAAAGGCCGUGGCCUGGUCUUCCUGAGCCGGGAGGACCUGGUGUGUGCUGAGAGCGCAGUAAACAAUUAUCCUGUGUCUACAGGAGACAAGAGGCACAGAACGAAGAGCUGCUCCCUUCAUGAAAUGAACGGAAAGGUCUCCAUACGGUGCACGGUGCCGCGGUGUCCGGCGGUCAAGUUAGAAGUUCAGUUUUCCGAUGAAGAUGGCAGGAGGCUGACCUUUGCCGAUGAACAGAAGUGGUCAGACUCCACCCAAUGCAACAAUGCCACCAUCAUUCUUAACUUUUAACCUGCGUCCUUUUAACAUCUUCGCUCCCUCACUGAACAUAUGAGUAAGAUAGACCUGUGAACAAAACAUUCACAUUGAACUCUUGAGAUGGGAAAGUGUUGUUGCAGCCUUGGGGAAGAAGACCUGAAGCACUUGAGUAAGGUAUCCUGUAGCAUCAGUGUAAGUCUUACAAAAUUAAAUAAUGUUCCAAUAAAAUCAAUCAAGAUUUUUCAACAAACAAAUCAUUGUGUUAU